ACCCUUUGAAUCUUCUUCUCUGAAACCCUUCACUUAUCUCUAACAUCUCAAAAAACCUCUGCUUUUCUCAGGAUAUGGAAACUAAUAGCAAAAACCCAGUCUCUGUUUCUCUCGUUUCAUUCAUCUUUCUUUUGUGUACUUUUGCUCAGUUUUGCUAUGGAGUUGACACAAUCAGACAGGAACAAACGGUAGCAGAUGGUGACACCUUGGUGUCCGAGAAUGAUACUUUUGAACUGGGUUUCUUCAGUCCUGAAAACUCAACACUCCGUUUUUUCGGUAUCUGGUACAAGAUUGAUGUUAAAACAGUUGUUUGGGUUGCUAAUAGAGACAGUCCAAUAUCUAACAGAAAUGGUGUUUUGAGGAUUGGUGUUGACGGUAACCUUGUUGUUCUAAAUGGAAACGACAGUUUGGUCUGGUCGUCUAAUGUUUCAGGUUUAUCGAACAACUCCGCGGCAGUUCUUCAGAACACAGGGAACCUUGUUCUAUCAAACAAUGAAAGCAUCGGUGAUACCAGUAGAGCUCAUUGGCAGAGCUUCGACGAGCCAACCGAUACAUUUCUUCCCGGUAUGCGAGUUCCGGUGAAUUCCGCUAUCGGCGAGUUCCGUGUUUUCCGAUCAUGGAAAUCGGCAAGUGAUCCUUCACUAGGGAACUACACCAUGGGUGUUGAUCCUAACGGAGGACCACAGAUUAUAAUAUGGGAUCGUAUGACGAGGCGGUGGCGAAGCGGGCAGUGGAAUUCAGUGAUUUUUACAGGCAUUCCCAAUAUGAGUAACAUCGCUAGUUUCUUAUAUGGAUUCAAGCUCUCUCAGCCUGAUGAAAAUAGGACACAGUAUUUCACAUAUGAUCCUUCGGACCCUUCGGAUUUUUUGCGGUUUCGGCUCGGCUGGGACGGGAGGGAACAGCAGUUGAGGUGGGAUGUUGAUCGGAAAACGUGGACGGUGCUGGAAACACAGCCUGCCCCUGAUAACAUAUGUGAUCUUUAUAAUCAUUGUGGGAAUCAUGCUGUAUGUGACCACUUGAAAGCUCCGGAAUGCAAUUGUUUAGAAGGUUUUAGGCCAAGGAUUUCAGAUCAGUGGAGUCGAGGGGAUUGGUCCGGUGGUUGCGAACGGAGGGUCGAACUGCAGUGCCAGAGGACUAAUGGUACUAAUACUACCGCAAGGCAAAAUGGUGAACCGGAUGGAUUUAAGGGAACAAGGAGAGUGAAGUUACCAGAUUCAUCAAGGUUGUUGCUGUCUGCAAUGAACAUAGAUGCUUGCAAAUCAAGUUGCUUAGGGAAUUGUUCGUGUAGUGCCUAUGCAUUUGUUUCUGGAAUCGGAUGCAUGAUAUGGGAAGGAGAUUUGGUUGAUCUUCAGCAUCUGGACCAAGCUGGAAAUUUACAGUUCUUUUACCGCAUCCAUAAUUCCGAAUUAGAUGGAGGUUCGAAGAUAUCCAACACAGUGAUAAUUAUAAUCUCUGUGUCGGGGGCAUGCCUCUUGGUGAUAUCUAUAUGGCUACUAUGGAGAUACAGGAAAAAAGUUAAACGUUUGCCUGUAGUUUCAUCGAUGCCUUGUUGCAAGGACGUUGAUGUAGCAGUAUUUAACGAGUCCAAGACCAAAGACUUUUCCGCAGAUGUAUCAGGACCAACCGACAUACUUAUCGACGGGAAUCAAGUUAAUGGACCGGAGUUAACAAUUGUUAACUUCAGUAGUGUAGAAGCUGCAACAAAGAACUUUUGUGAAGCAAACAGGCUGGGGCAGGGUGGUUUUGGUACCGUAUACAAGGGAGAGCUGCCUGGAGGUCAAGAAAUAGCUGUAAAGAGGCUUUCGGGGACGUCAGGCCAAGGGCUAGAAGAGUUUAAAAAUGAGAUUAUCUUGAUUGCUAAACUACAACAUAGGAAUCUUGUUAGACUAUUAGGCUGCUCCAUCGAAGGGGAAGAAAAGAUGUUGAUAUACGAGUACUUGCCUAAUAAAAGCUUGGACUACUUUCUUUUCGAUGAAUCCAAGCGAGCGCUGCUAGAUUGGAGAACCCGGUUCAGCAUUAUCGAAGGCAUUGCAAGAGGACUACUUUACCUCCAUCGAGAUUCGAGACUUAGAAUCAUUCAUAGAGACCUGAAAGCCAGCAAUAUUUUGUUGGAUGCAGAGAUGAAUCCGAAGAUUUCGGAUUUUGGUAUGGCAAGGAUCUUCGGGGGGAACCAAAAUGAAGCAAAUACAGUUCGAGUAGUCGGCACAUAUGGAUACAUGUCUCCUGAAUAUGCAAUGGAAGGACUGUUUUCGGUCAAGUCCGAUGUGUACAGCUUUGGAGUACUGUUGUUAGAAAUCAUUAGCGGCCAGCGAAAUACUAGCUUCCGAUCAUCCAAUUACACGAGUCUUAUAGCAUACGCAUGGAGUCUUUGGAACGAAGAUAAAGCUAUGGAGCUCGUCGACCCUUUGAUUCAGGAUUCAUGCUCGCCAAACGUAGUGUUGAAAUGCAUACACCUAGGCAUGCUGUGUGUGCAGGACUCGGCAAUGAACAGACCGACAAUGGCUGCCGUGGUGUUGAUGCUGGAGAGCGAAGCCCCAACGCUGCCGAUGCCGAAACAGCCCACUUAUACCUCCAUGAGUAGCUUGGUAGAUGCAGAUUACAGUAUGGAUAUGCAUGAAACUGCUUCUGCAUCUUCCAAAGAUGUCACGGUGACAAUGGUAGAUGGAAGAUAGAUUUUGUAUUUGUUAACUUCAUCUGCAUUGUUUUGAGAUGUUGAUAGAAUAUACAUAUUCUUUGCAGUUUUCAAAGGAUAUACAGACUUCAAUGAGAUUGAAUUGUAAUUAUGAUUUUUUUUUGUUUCAAAGAUUUUGUAAU